GAAAAGUUGCGACACAGCUUUUCAGUCGUAUUAGUGUAGUAUAUAUUGUGACAGUUUUCAGUAAAUUCUGUGUGUUUCUCUACGCUUCUCCUAUAAAUACGCGUAAAAGGAAUUCGGAGUAAUAUUCCAAGGUAACUAAACAUCAAAUAGUAUGAUACACAUGGUUCUUUCAGUGUGCAAGCAAUCCAUUAAUACUUUGAACUGUUCAACUAUAACCUCUCUCUAAGUGGAGACGUCUAAGCGACUCUGAAAUCGUAAGAUUUUAAUUUCGAAAAAAUGGAAAAAGAUAUUGAGUUCGCCAGUGGAAGUACUGAACCCUUGGCUGCUCCACCGUCAGUACCCCCGUCAGCACCCCCGUCAGCACCCCCGUCUUAUGAGGAAGCUGUUGAAAAUGCAGCUCGUAUAUCUCUCAAACCAAACAUUCCACCAUAUCCAGUAGGACCAUCAUCUAUGCCAAUUCCAACUCGUAAUCCGCCGCCGAAUCAGACAACGAUGCCACAUCCACCGAAUUAUUCAGGAUCCAGUAAACCUCCGCCGCAAUCGCAGACACCGUAUAAUGCAAAUCCGAAUACAGUUCCUCCGCCACAAUCGCAGACACCGUAUAAUCCAAAUCCGAAUACAGUUCCUCCGGCAGAAUUCCGAGUUGUCUAUCAGCCAGUGAUUUUUUCCCUGACUCCAAACCCAACAAAAACGACUUGCCCAACGUGUCAUGCCAGUAUUAAAACCACUACGAUAUCGGAUCAUCAAUCUAGCGCCCAUCUCUGCUGUAUCGUGCUUUGUUUACUUGGAUGUUGCCUUUGCUCGUGUCUGCCAUACUGUAUGAGUAGCUUCAUGAGUGUUCACCACUUUUGUCCGAAAUGUAAAAAUUAUAUUGGUACAUGGAAGGGUUGAACAGACCGUCAUACAUGUAUACUUAUAUAUCGUUACGUGGUCUUCUAUGUAAUCAGAUAAUAUUAGAUUCACUGUAAUAUUAUGAGGACUAGACGAUAUUCCCUGCUUGUCGCGUAUUACGUUAAGUGAAAGAGCUAUUCGACGGGAUUGUCAUAGGUCAUAUUACAAGAUAACUAUAUAUGUGACGCUUAUUCUUUACGAGAUAAGAUAUGAAUGCAUUCUAUUAUGUGUGAUAGACUCGAACAAUUGUAGAUUCCAUGUUGAUUUAUAUAUGAGACGAUGUGAUCGAGUGUGCGCGUGUGGAAUUUAUAGAUAGAUAAUGUGCGAUAAUAUUAUAAACAUAUUUUCGAGCGUUGAACCUGUGAGCAGUAUUGUUCUCACUCGCAUUUGUCAUAUUCCAUAUAGUCUUAGAGACUUUUUUAGAAAUGUUGAGUGAGAGAGAGGGAGAGAGAGAGAUAGGAAUAAGAUAGAUAGAUAGAUAGAAAGAGAAAGAGGGAGGGAGGGAGGGAGGGAGGGAGAGAGAGAGAGAGAGAGAGAGAGAGAGAGAGAGAGAGAGAGAGAAAUGCAUCUGGAACGCAGAAGAGGUAAUAUCUCCCCUGUUUAUGCUAAAGAUCUUAUUUCUUUCAAUGUGUUUCACUUUAGCGAAUAAGAGAGAAGGGAACGGUUAGUUGAGAAUUGAGAGUGAAUAAAGGCAGAUCGUUCCACCUCCUGUAUGCAACAAAGUUCGCGUAUUUUUAUUCUUGUAUUUUAUUGGUGCUUCCGGAACUUUAAGUGAAAUGAAUUCCUGAAUAUUAUAUAGAUAUAUAAACUAUCAUAUAUAUUUUUAUGCAGAUUGCAAAAGGAUUUGCACAAAAAGUAUCAGAAUUACAUUAGCGACGAGAAUAAUAACAAGAGAAUUUUGAUUCGUCCGUUUCUGUUUUCGGUUUUGUUCUUUGUACAAAUAAUUUAUAUCGAAUAUUAGAUAGUCACUUCCAGAAAAAGACUCUUGCUUAAAGGGAAAUUCUAAAUAAAACUGAUGAUUUCCUGAAUAUCUUCGAACAUUCAUUGAUAUUCCAGAGAGACAAUACUGGAUAAAAUAUUCCAAGUUAUUGUGAUUCACGUACUGUUUGAUGUUCCACGUGUUUAAGAUUAUCAUUCAAGCGUUUCUAUGAUUCCAUUUAUAAACAUUAUUGUUUUGUAUUUUUUAUAUACCAUAUCUAUAUCCUCUGACUUAACUAUGACGAUAUUAUAUCGCAAAUAACAUUAACGUUAUUGAUUUGGUUUUACGUGCGAUUCACACGGCCAAUUUUUUAGCAUUUUAAUAUAUAUAUAUAUAUAUACAUACAUAUACAUGUAUUUUAAUGUAUAACAUUUUUCUUGUACGUGUUUAACAUAAUAAAUUAUACUUUAGUUUUCAAGUGGUAUAUGUUAUAUAGGAAAGUUUAAAUGUAACCAGAUGUGACUGUAAGUACAUAGAAUAUGACAGAGUACAGUCACGCAGUUAUAAAUAAAUAAUAAAAUGCUUUAUAA